AUGAAUCCGAGCGCUCCCAGUUACCCGAUGGCCUCCCUCUACGUCGGCGACCUGCACCAGGAUAUCACCGAGGCCAUGCUGUACGAGAAGUUCAGCCCCGCCGGGCCUAUCCUCUCCAUUCGAGUCUGCAGGGACAUGAUCACUCGUCGAUCCCUCGGAUAUGCCUACGUUAACUUCCAACAGCCAGCCGAUGGUAAGAAUUGAUGAUUUAAAAAAACAACGUAUUUCAUGUUUAAUUUAUGGAUGCGCCAAUGAAAAUAUAACAUGACGUGGCUCGCACGUUCACGUUGCACCAAAAAUGGCAACCCGUGGGAUGAAUAACAUUAGGUCAUCCAGUUGGACUUGGUUUCAGUUCAGCUAGCUAUGUAGGCCAACUAGUCUUUGAGUGUCCUAAUUUGCUGUAGCGUUAGGUUCAAUGAUUCAUUGGAGUAUCAGCUGCAUCACUGCUACAAUAUGACUCUCAGAUCCACCUCUACGUAGACGACACCAUUUUGUAUACAUCUGGCCCUUCAUUGGACACUGUGUUAUCAAACCUCCAAACGAGCUUCAAUGCCAUACAACAAUCCUUCCGUAACCUCCAACUGCUCUUAAACACUAGUAAAACUAAAUGCAUGCUCUUCAAUCAAACGCUGCUGGCACCCGCCCACCCGACUAGAAUCACUACUCUCGACGGGUCUGACCUAGAGUAUGUGGACAACUACAAAUAUCUAGGUGUCUGGUUAGACUGUAAACUCUCCUUCCAGACUCACAUUAAGAAUCUCCAAUCCAAAGUUACAUCUAGAAUCGGCUUCCUAUUUCGCAACAAAGCCUCCUUCACUCAUGUUGCCAAACAUGCCCUCGUAAAACUGACUAUCCUACCGAUCCUUGACUUAAUAAAUAAAUAAAUAAUAUGCCAUUUAGCAGACGCCAGGUCAUCUAUAAAUCACUGCUAGGCAAAUCCCCGCCUUAUCUUAGCUCAUUGGUCACCAUAGCAGCACCCACCCGUAGUCUGCGCUCCAGCAGGUAUAUCUCACUGGUCAUCCCCAAAGCCAACACCUCCUUUGGCCGCCAUUCCUUCCAGUUCUCUGCUGCCAAUGACUGGAACGAACUGCAAAAAUCUCUGAAGCUGGAGACUCUUAUCUCCCUCACUAACUUUAAGCAUCAGUUGUCAGAGCACCUUACCGAUCACUGCACCUGUACACAGCCCAUCUGAAAUUAGCCCACCCAACUACCUCAUCCCCAUAUUGUUAUUUAUUUUGCUAAUUUGCACCCCAGUAUCUCUAUUUGCACAUCAUCUCUUGCACAUCUAUAAUUCCAGUGUUAAUACUAACUGUAAUUAUUUUGCACUAUAGCCUAUUUAUUGCCUUACCUCCAUAACUUGCUACAUUUGCACACACUCUAUAUAUAUUUUUUUUUUUUUUUUUUUUUUUACCCCAUAUGUAACUCUGUGUUGUUUUUUAUCGCACUGCUUUGCUUUAUCUUGGCCAGGUCGCAGUUGUAAAUGAGAACUUGUUCUCAACUGGCUUACCUGGUUAAAUAAAGGUGAAAUAAAUAAAUACAAUAUUCUCCCCCCACAUACAAUGGAGCAGUUUCCUUCAACAGCAUUCUAAUGGUAUGGCUCCCGAUAUGUUCCUAGCUGAACGUGCCCUGGACACCAUGAACUUCGACGUCAUCAAGGGGAGACCUCUGCGCAUCAUGUGGUCUCAGCGCGACCCUUCCCUGAGGAAGAGUGGGGUGGGCAACAUCUUCAUCAAGAACUUGGACAAGUCCAUUGACAACAAGGCCCUCUACGACACCUUCUCUGCCUUCGGCAACAUCCUCUCCUGCAAGGUAGGCUGAGAGACGGUUCUGGCCGUGUGGCUGCCAUAUGCUGUGUUGUUCAGCAUGCCGAAACAAUGCAGUGGUGUUGGUUGAAGUCUGUGUUGAAUUGAGUCGGUUUUGAUAUGCAUGAUGUUUUAAAAAAAACAAUUGCCUGUGCUCUUUAAUGUCCUUUCUCCAAGGUGGUUUGUGAUGAGAAUGGCUCAAAGGGAUAUGGCUUUGUGCACUUUGAGACCCAGGAGGCUGCUGAAAGAGCCAUUGAGAAAAUGAACGGCAUGUUGCUCAAUGACAGAAAAGUGUAAGUGUGAUUGCUCCACCUUUACCAACUUGGACAUAGUAAAUAAUAGACGGGUCCAACGUUAGUGCAGCAAUAACUCAAACGUACAGAGAUGUAACCGAGUUGUAAAAGGGAACUGGUUUUCAUUUAACUCCUGGUUCAAUAAUGGUUAAAUAAUAGCAGGAUUUGUUUUUGUGUGAGUUCUAACUUUAAUCUUACUAACUCGGGUUUUUCUCAAGUCAAACUAAUAUAGAACGGUUGCUCUGUAUCCUUGUGCUUGUCUACUCACUGCCUUGUCAAUCUCAAUACUCUUCCCUGGGGUUUAGUCUAGAUGGUGGUUAAUGUAGAUGUAACCAACGUUACCAAGCUCGUGUUUCCCCCCCUACAGAUCGGUAGCCUUUUCUACACACUGUUCAACUGACAAUAAUAUUUUAUUAACACACACAACAGGUUCGUCGGACGCUUCAAAUCGCGCAAAGAGCGCGAGGCCGAGCUUGGAGCCAGAGCCAGAGAGUUCACCAAUGUGUACAUCAAGAACUUUGGAGAAGAUAUGGAUGAUGAGAAGCUGAGGGAGCUGUUUGGGAAAUAUGGUAAGUGUCUGCCACGUGUCGUGUGUCACCCCCAGGGAUGUAUUCACUAGGACGCUACCAGGACGAAGCGGGGGUGGGGGCCUACCUCGUGAUGUCCAAUAAGAAAUGUUUUGUCAAAUGUAAUGAAUGAGUCCAGGCCCAGAUGUGUUGAUAGUUCCUCUUGUAGUAAAUGUUGGUUCCGUAGAAUUAGAAUUUGAUGCCGUUUUGUGUUGGACUCUAUCGUUCCGGGACCGGCCCUGAGCAUCAGGGUGAUGACGGACGACAGCGGGAAGUCCAGAGGGUUCGGCUUCGUCAGCUUUGAGAGGCAUGAGGAUGCUCAGAGGGUGAGUUGGGCCAUACGUUUCCUUAUCAUCACUGUCUGGAUGUUCAAAAGGGCUGAGUGUCCUGGAGAACAGGGUUUCUGACCUCAAUGGGACCACCUGGAUCCGUAUAUUCUCUCCUCAGGCUGUAGAUGAGAUGAACGGGAAGGAUUUUAACGGCCGCCAGGUGUACGUGGGCCGCGCCCAGAAGAAAGGAGAGCGCCAGACGGAGUUGAAACGCAAGUUUGAACAGAUGAAACAGGACCGCAUGACCCGCUACCAGGGGGUCAACCUGUACGUCAAGAAUCUGGACGAUGGCCUCGACGAUGAGCGUCUAAGGAAGGAGUUCUCUCCCUUCGGUACCAUCACCAGUGCCAAGGUAACCUCCCUGAGUCAACAUUUUACAUGUUAGUCAUUUAGCAGACGCUCUUAUCCAGAGCGACUUACAGUUAGUGCAUACCAUUUUUUCAUACUGGCCCCCCCCCGUGGGAAUCGAACCCACAACCCUGGCGUUGCAAACGCCAUGCUCUACCAACUGAGCUACAUCCCUGCCGGCCAUUCCCUCCCCCCUACGUCACCCUCUGAUUGAACAUUACCUGGAGAUGUCAGGAGAAACUUGGGGGAUUACAAAUGUAGAAUUGCAUUGUUAACUUACAACUGUAUUAGCACAGGGUGAGAAAUGAACUCCACUAUAUCAGUUGUCUGGGGAGAGAGAGAACUGUGGUGUUGAGCUUAUUGCCUGCUCUGCAUAGCAGAGAUUCUACACCCGCUGUCAUUCAGGUUCAGAUAACACUUUAAAAACCACUGUGGAUCUAAUGUACCUCUCUAUAGGUGAUGAUGGAGGGUGGCCGCAGCAAGGGCUUCGGCUUCGUGUGCUUCUCCUCCCCCGAGGAGGCCACCAAGGCUGUGACGGAGAUGAACGGGCGCAUCGUGGCCACCAAGCCGCUGUACGUGGCGCUGGCUCAGAGGAAAGAGGAGCGCCAGGCUCACCUCACCAACCAGUACAUGCAGAGGAUGGCCACCGUCCGGCCCGUACCCAACCCAGUCCUCAACCCCUACCAGCCUGCCCCUCCCUCUGGGUACUUCAUGGCUGCCAUCCCCCAGACUCAGAACCGUGCCGCCUACUACUCCACCAACCAGCUGGCUCAGCUGAGACCCGGCCCACGCUGGGCCACCCAGGGUGUCAGACCACAGCGUAACUAUCUGCAUAGUUGACAUUUUAGAAUUUAACUGCUCGUUUGGUGUGUCCACAAUCACUAUUUAGUCAACAGUUCCACUGGAGACUAGAACCUAAUUCUCCAUCCAGGAAGUUGUUAGAUUUUGAAUGGUUCCCUUCUACUUCCAGACUUCCAGAACAUGCCCAACGCCAUGCGUCCGUCCGCCCCCAGACCCCAGACCUUUGGCGCCAUGAGGCCCUCGUCCUCUCAGGUGCCACGCAUGAUGGCCGGCCAGAGAAUGGGUGAGUUUAGCUGGUAACCCAGCCCUGCACAUAGCUUGGGGAUUUUCACAUCCACCUCUCAUCUUGCUACCAUUUACCUGAUUAUACUGUCUGUUAAAGGAUUUUUAAGGCCUUGAGACAAUUCAGACAUGGAUUGUGUAUGUGUGCCAUUCAGAGGGUGAAUGGGAAAGACAAAAUAUUUAAGAGUCCUUUGAACGGGGGUAUGGUAGUAGGUGCCAGGCGCACCGGUUUGUGUCAAGAACUGCAACGCUGCUGGGCUUUUCACGCUCAACAGUUUCCCGUGUGAAUCACGAAUGGUCCACCACCCAAAGGACAUCCAGCCAACUUGACACAACUGUGGGAAGCAUCGGAGUCAACAUGGGCCAGCAUCCCUGUGGAACGCUUUCGACACCUUGUAGAGUCCAUGCCCCGACGAAUUGAGGCUGUUCUGAGUGUAAAAGGCGGGCGCAACUCUAUAUUAGGGUGGUGUUCCUAAUGUUUUGUACCAACUCAGUAUGUCUUGAAAUAUGAAUCUCUCUUGGAUGUUGAGCGACUUCCUCCUCCUCUCUCCUCAGCCACCCAGGCCCUGGGCCAGCGUCCUGCCGGGGCGGCGGCUGCAUCCCCGGUGAGGAUGCCCCAGUACAAGUAUGCAGCAGGCGUGAGGAACCCCCAGCAGCACAUGGCCAGCCAGCCCCAGGUGAUGCAGCAGCCGGCUGUCCACGUCCAGGGGCAGGAGCCUCUGACUGCCUCCAUGCUGGCCGCUGCUCCUCCCCAGGAACAGAAGCAGAUGUUGGGUGAGUUUUUCUUUUUUAAAAGUCCCUCUCUUCUGGUCGCUUCUCUUUUACUGGCCUUUCCGAUCUCCAGCUCCUUCAGUUAAAGGUGCUACACGUUGAAUUUAUUAGAAUUUGUGCGUUGUAAUUUCAGAGAAUGUCCAUAAUACAUCUGCAGUAAUAGUGGAAUGAUAAGUGUUUCACAAUGUUACUUUCCCGGCAGUGUUGUGAUUGGCUGUGAUAUUCGCCAAUUGAUUUCUCCCGCCACUUCCUGGUUGCUGAAAUUCGAAUAGUUAGCCUAAUUUCAAUUUAUGUGACAAAACAAGCAGUCAUUGUGUAGAGAAUCAUUGUACCGCUGUGAAAUAUAUAUUUCCCAUAACCAAACGUAUUGUAUUUUCAGCUGUUUGAAGCUGGUGUACAAAACCACAAGUAAAAGACGCAAAAACUAAACUUCAUAACGGGAGGCACAGAACAGAUCUACCACUUCUUAGACUGGCUUUCAAUGAGAAUCACAGAUCUAUAACUCACAUUUCUAUAUGAAUGUUUGCGGGUCGCCCAAAAAGUUGCAUAUUGCAGCUUUAAAAGACGAUCAACAUUUAGGUGCUCUUUGUCAAUGAUGUUUUCAGUAGAAAUGUCUGAACAUAUGAAUUUCAGUGAUUCUUAUUUUUUGACUGAGACAAGACCCCCCCCAACCUAUUACAUAAAUGGCUGGUGAUCCUCUUUCUGUGUCUGGGUCUUUUCCUGAUGGUGGAUUCUCUCCCCCCCACUCCCUCUGCAGGUGAGCGCCUGUUCCCCCUCAUCCAGAACAUGCACCCCAGCCUGGCUGGAAAGAUCACUGGCAUGCUGUUGGAGAUAGACAACUCUGAGCUGCUCCACAUGCUGGAGUCUCCCGAGUCUCUCCGAUCCAAGGUGGAUGAGGCUGUCGCUGUGCUGCAGGCCCACCAGGCCAAGGAGUCCGCCCAGAAGCCCACCAACCCUGCUGGAGUCCCCAGCUAA